AUGCCGAGCUGCGUGCGGCGGAAGCGCAGUGACGUCUUCCGGCACAGAACUCGGACUCGCGUAGCGAUAAAUAUUGUUCCUUUAGAGGCACCGUCCGCGGGAACCGCCUGCUCGUGUCACAUGACCGAGGCCUGUGGAGGAGAAGGACGCGGUACGCGGAAGAGUUUUGGGCCAAAGUGGAUGGCGGACGCGAUGGAAGCAACCUUGGAGCAGCACUUGGAGGAUACAAUGAAGAAUCCGUCCAUUGUUGGAGUCCUGUGCACAGAUUCACAAGGACUUAAUCUGGGCUGCCGUGGGACCCUGUCAGAUGAACAUGCUGGAGUGAUAUCUGUUCUAGCCCAGCAAGCAGCUAAGCUAACCUCUGACCCCACUGAUAUUCCUGUGGUGUGCUUAGAAUCAGACAAUGGGAACAUUAUGAUUCAGAAACAUGAUGGCAUCACAGUGGCAGUGCAUAAAAUGGCCUCUUGACAUCUCGUAUCAGCUCUCUAGUAGCCUUUCACAGGGACUCAGUGCUAACUGUGUUGAUGAUCUUGUAGAAUUACUGAAGUUCCAGCAGUUAGGUUAUUCAUUUAAUGGACAUUGGGCACUUUUCUAUUUAUUUUAGAGUAAGUUGCUUCUUAACUAACUCUAUGGACCGACUAACCUAUCAAGAUAUUAAAUAUUAGUAGGAAAGGAUCAUGUUUUUAAGCAGCAGGUCCAGGUCACUUUGUAUAUAGAAUUUUGUUAAGUUUAAUAAAUCUGUUUGGAAGAAAAU